AUGCCUCUGGCCUCGACUCGACCCUUUCCCGUCCCUCGAUUCGCACCCACGUCCUCGUCCGGCCUCGGUUCACCUUCGAGUGCAGCCGUCUUCCUGGCUUGCCUUGUUUGGCGUUGUUGCUAUGAGCGAAGGCCCGCAAACCUCAAGGCAAGCCUUCUCCGUCCCCCGCCGCGCCCUCCCUUACCGUCGUCGUGUCGCCCAGCGUACCCGAACCCGGCUGACCGUCGCCUUCCCGCGAGCAGCAUUGGAGAUCCGAUUGCCCAGCCGCCAACGCCCAAGAAAACCCCCUCGGCCGUCGUCGCCAGCCCGAGAUUCGAGACGCCCAAGCAUUACCAAGGCUCUUUCCACGACGCCGGGGGCUUGACACCUCAUUUCGCCGAAGACUACUCCGUCUUCAACACGACGCCCGGCAACCUCAGCGGCGCACAAGGCCCCUUCGCCGACUUCAUCCCCGCCACCCCGUCGACGUCCUCGGGCGCACACAAGCGGUUGCUGUCCGCCGAGGGGCUCGCGGCCGAGAUCGCCUCGCACGCCAACCACUUCUCGCCCGAUCCCGGCGCCGUGCUUCCUCCCGUCCAUCGCUCCCGACGCCUGCCUUCAUCGCCCGACCCCUUGACGAAUCGCCAAGAACUUGCCCAGCGGAGCCCUACCCUUUCCGUCGCCAGGUCGGCCAAGAAGUCUCGGAGAGGACCGCCCGCCGGACCGCCCGAGACGUCGCAGGUCGUAUCACCACCACCGACAGCUCGCAAGGGAGAGCGUAUGCUCGCUCCCAAACCCAGCAUGCACAAUGAUCAGCCGUUCGGUCAGCCGGACUUUGUCGACCCCGCCCAGCCGGACAUGGGCGCCCUCUUGAGCACGUCGACCGAUUUUUUCAACUACCCCAUGUCCGCACCGGCCACGGCGCCCGUGAACUUGUGGGAUCCCGUCAUGUCCAUGGGCAUGGACCUAGACUUCAACGUCGCCAGCGCCAUGGCACUGCAGUCCCCGACGUCGUCCCAUCGACAUACCGGUUCCUUCGACUGGAACGCCGAUAUCCAGCUGUUCCAAGACAUCAACCCCGUUCUCCCUUCCUCCAAUCAAGAAAACGUUCAUCCCGCCCGGGCCGAGAGAGCGCUGGCGCCGAAACCACCGGCGGCGAGCUCGGACGCUUUGCCGAUGGCGGCGGCCCAGACCACCCAGACGACGGCCCUCGACGGCCCUCUGACGCUCAUGACGGCCGGGGACAGCGUCGACCCGGGUCUGCUGUUCAGCCGUCCCCAGACGUCGGCGAUGGACGCCGACUUUAACGCCAUGGCUCGGUCCGGCUACGGAUCGGCCGAGGAGGCCAUCGGCCCCUCCAGCAAGCUUCCAGCUGCUGGACAUCUGCGGAAGUCGACCUCUCUGAGGGGGACGAGAAGCGGCAAGCUGCCCGGUCGCGCUCUUGCGAGCUCCCCGAUCAAACCUUCGGUCCGUCCUGGGCUCGGCCGGAGCUACAGCGAGAACCGUGGCAGGAGGGCGCUUGGCCGGGCCGCCUUGCCGACUUUGGCCCCAGCCGCUCGUCCGGAACCACCACAAGCCAGCCGGGGGACUGGCGUCCCUGUCGCCCGGGCAGCCGGUCGCUCGUCCGGCAGGAUCUCGCCGUCCAAGACCAUGUCGCGGCUCUCCAGCCUCGCGUCUAUCCCUGAGACGUCCCCUCACUGCCGGCCCCGGCUGUCGGUCCGGCUUACCAUCGAUGCCCACGGCCGAGCCAGGGCCGAGACGACGGAUGAGGGCGAGGGUCUGGGCCUGAGCGGAGGCAUCCGCCGAAGCAAAAGCGCCCGUGUUGCCAUGGGAAGCCGGCGGUUGGAUUCAUCCGACGACGAUUCGUCGACAGACGACGAGCCCAUCAUCAUCCCCAGCCGCAACAGCUCGUUCCAUGCUUCGUUCGCGCUCCCGGACCCGCACAAGCCGGUCGGCUCCAUCUUUCAUUCAUCGAGGAGGAGCAUCAGUGACAGGAGUGCGAGCAACUCGGCCAACGAUGCCGAGAGUGAGGCGGAGACGGUCAUCAACGAACGGCAGAGGAAGGGUGGCGACGCGACCAGCGAGCUGCGCAAGGUGGUUGAAGAUCGACAGAAACGCUCCAGCCUCUUGGGGAGCGCUCGAUCGCAGCGAUUUACCUCGGCCAGCAUGGGCAACUUUCCCGGAGGCAUCAUCUCGCCGACGAGUCUGGCGGGAUCGAGCUGCGGACCGGAAGGUCUUGGCGUCCGGUGCUUGUGCGACAAGACGACGGCGGACGACGGCGAUGGCUUCAUGCUUCAAUGUGAGGCCUGCGAGAUGUGGCUCCACGGCGCAUGCAUCAACGUCACGAGACGCUCGAGACCGAGCGUCUACAUCUGCCUAUUCUGCGUAAACACGCCGAACAAGAGAUCGCGAGAAAAUGCGCUUGGCAUCGGCGCCAUGGUCUCGCCGCUGGCGAACAAGUAUUUUAGGUCUUUUCGAUAG